CGUCAUCCAUUCAUCGCCGUGUCCCGCAUGAAAGGUCACACCCACACCACCAUCACCAUCACCCACACGCAUGCCUGUCUGUCAUCCAUCCAUCCAUCCCCACGCAGUGCAGUCAAUUGCACGUGUGUCGAUCAUUCAUGUGCCGUACUGUUUCCUCUCAAAGGCCGCCCGCUGCCUCUCACGCAGCUCCUCACGGUCCCUCUCGCACUCAACUAUCAGCAGCCGACCGCACCACACACCUUGCCCCUCCUCUCUCUCUUGCCCUUGCGCUUGCUGCGCCUCUCCUUCCACUCCCUCUCCCUCUCCCUCUCCCUCGCCCUCACCGCCUGAUGUUGCCAUGGCAACAUCGCCGCCCUGUUGAUCUUCCUCUCUUUGCUCGAUGUCUAUCGUGUCCUGCCCCUCCUCCCCAUCUGUGAUCAUGGCAGCAUCGCCCUUGGCCUCCCGUAUGGCCCGCCGCAUCCACUGCAGCAGGCUCUGCUGCCGACGCCGCCUCCUGCUGCCCGACCCACUGCCGCCGUCACGAAAGGACUGCCACUUGGACACGUCGCGGACCGCAAUGAUGGGCCGGUGGCGAGAGACAUACAGCACCCGGUAGGGCGGGGUACGGCGGGACCUUCGUUGAGGCUGCCGUCCACCGUAGGGGCCGUGUGUGGUGCCGGCAGGUAGCGUAUCAAGCAGCGUGGGUGGGGCGAGGGUGGGUGCGAAGAAUGGGCCUUGGGGGAGGUCGUUGUGGGUGAGGGCGGAGACCGCCAGACGCUGGCUCUCGGUGAGGUCGUCGGCCCUGCCGGCUCCCGCCUCGUCGGCUGCGUCAUCAUCGGUGUCUGUGUCUUCCUCAGCCUCGGGAGUGUCCUCCGGCGCACCAUCCAUACCGUUCUCCAUCAUGUCGACAUUGUCAUUGUCUUCCAGCGCAUCCCCUUGCCCGUCGUAGUCGAUCUCAUUACUCUCGCUCUCGUCACUCUCAUCGCUCAUCGCCUCCUCAUCGUCUGAAUCAUCCUGGGCGUUCUUGUCGAAGUCCCGCUUCCACUGCUUGCGGUCGAACCAGGCCGACAUGUUGACGGCGAGGGGCAGGUUGACCGACAGGACUGCCCUUGAGGUGUGGGCGAUGAGUGCGUCUUUGGGGCCGAUGGAUGAGAGGCCUGGUGGGGGCUGGGAUGUGUACUUGCGGGUGGGUGAGAGCCACAGGAGGCCGCGGACGGCGGUGGGGCUGCUCAGGCGGAAUGAGGACAGAUCGGAGGGGAACUGAAUAUGUAUAUAUGGAGAGAGAUGCAAGUGCUGGGUAUGGUACGUACGGCCACGAACUCACUGACCGACUGACCUUGAGGAUCGGGCUUGCCCUCGGUAUCAUGGUCAUCAGUUUCCUCUCGUUCUUCACCAAGUCGUCCAUGUGCUUCUGGGUCUUGUUUCUCUUGUUUCUCCCUCUGCCCCUCCUCCUCUCCCUCUGCAGCCUCCGCAGCCUCCGCACAAUCUGCACCUCCAUCCCCAUCUUAAUCAUUCUCGACGACAGCGGGUGGAUCAUCCGCUGCUGCUCUAUGUGGUACAGGUAGUACGUGCCAACCGACGACGCUACCGCCACAGCAGACCCUGCACACCAUUACACAUCCAUCCAUCCAUCCAUUCAUCCACUCAUCGAUGGCUGUAUUCAUGUAGUAAUUAUUGCGUUGACCGAUCGACUGACCUCUGGGGUUGAAUGUGAUUGCGCAUGCGACGGCGGGGGCCUCGAAUGACGGCAGCACACAGUGGAGCUGUUGUGUGUCGAGGUUGUAGAGGGUGAUGCGGCCGUGGGUCUCCAUGGCAGCCAGGAAGUCGCCACGGGGGGACACCGACAGAUGACACACCGCUGCAAGCAAGAACAUCCAUCCCAUCACAGAAUGAGUGCAGCCAAGUUUGAUUGACCUCGGCUGUGUGGGCUCUUACGUGAGGUAUGGCCAGAGAAGCGGUGGAUCUCCCUGACAAACAGACAGACACAGGUCAUGACCAGAGACACCAUGUGUUGGUCGUUGGUCCUGCUGGCAGCCUCGUGUGUGCCGAAGGUAGGCAGGUAGCUAGGUAGGUGGCUUGGCUACCUUCCUGUGUUGAUGUCGACGAGUACCACAGCGCAUGGCGGCCGGGGCUUGUCUGUCGACGUGCUGGGGGACGUAGGCACACCCGCAGCCAACACGUUGGGACUCACAAACAGCAUACUGCACACAGCACAGCACAGCGACCUGAUUGAAUGAAGCAACCAGGGGUGCCGUCCUCCAACAGGUAGGCACCGUACCGUACCUGUGAACUAGCCUUUCCUCCAGACAUGGGAUGUCCAGACACUCAGUCUCAAGCUGCAGAUAGAUCAGACACAUACAACACACACCAAUGAUUGGGGAGCGGUCCGUGGGGUCGGUCAGGCAGGUCAGCCGCUGCCACCCCUACCUACUCGUCCAUCCAGGUACUCACCUCGUCGCUUGUGAAUUUGAAGACUCGUGUGCCUGACGAGUUGCUGGCGGCGAAUAUGGUAGCGUCGUGCGCCAUGGCUGAGGCCACGAUGGUGCCCUUGGACUGCAACCUGGUCUUGGAGAGGAAGGUCAACUCGGGCGGAGACUAACACACGGACGGACACAGACAAACAAGUGCGUGCAAGGGGGUUGUGUUGAGGGGAGCUGUGUGUGGGGCGUGUGCCUUCCUUACGUCCUGUGAGAGGUCGGCGUCAGCUCUGAUGUGCCACAUGUCCACCGUGGGCCGGUACUGCAACAAAGUGAAGCCCUCACCGCUUCCCACCUGCACCACACAGCAGGCAGGAGUUAUCAAAUCAAGCAGACAGACCAUGAGGGUGCGUGUGCAGCAUCCAUCCAUCCUUACGUGUACAUGUCUGGCGGCAUGCUCCGGCAGGUGGCCAAGGGUCACAAACCUCUGCAGCGACUGAUGGAUGGAUGGACACCAAGACACACAGCCAGGCCAGGCGAGCGACACGACACAUGUACGUACAACGAAAGGUGCGGUGCGCAGCACGGCACGGCACGGAGCUCUCUUAUGAGCCACAUACCUACCAACCUACCUGUUGGCUUCUGGCCUUGGGGUAGAUGUUAACGUGCCAAUCGUGGCUGCCACUCGCCAACGCACCUGCACAGCACAGCACAGCAAUUCGAUUCAUUCGUGUGUGCGUAUGUUUGCACACGACAGACACCGGGAUGGGAUGACCCCGCCUGCCUAGGCUGCCUGGGUACCUACCGACCGUGUUUAGCGACGGCCAGGCAGGUGACGUCAUGGGAGUGGGGAUACAGACCGCCAGCUGACCUCCAAUCCUCCUGAUGGAUGGAUUAACAACAUACAUAGGUGCGGGUAUUCGGUGCAUGCCAUGCGCAUCGGUCAUCCAUCGACACGCACCGCACACACACCUACCUACCGGUGAGGGCAGGGUCUCGUCCACGGCGGACGGCAGGGCGAUGGCGUGGUUCUUCUGCUGUGGGAGGUAGGCCAGCAGGCCGAUCCUCUGGUCCACGCCUGCCGUGUAGAUGAUGCUCUCGUCAGCUGACACUGCCAGGGCAUUCACCAACCCUUGGUGACCACCCUGACGCUGACAGAGGGCAUCAAGGCAGGCAGCAACAUGUGGCCUGGCCCCUGUUCUGUCUGUCAUUCGUGUGCUCUCUGUGUGUGUUGCGUUAGGUACGUUAGUGAAUGUCGUCAGGAGUGUGCAUGAUGUGGUGUCCCAGAGCGACACGUUGCCCACCGAGUCCCCGCUGACCAGCAGACGCUGCGACCUCACCGCCUCCAGGGCCCACACGUUGGGCGCCUCACCCCCUGCAGGCAGAACACAAUAUAUUGACACACACGGAGGAUACAUACUAUGAUGUGUGUUCGUUCUUCAUAGUAUCCUCCGUGCUCACUUGGUUGCCUCCCUCCUGCUCCUGCUGCCGUUGCUGCUGCUGUGGCUGCCUUGUCGGGGUUGCGCCUCUCGAGCAGCAUCUUGCUGUCGCUGCGCCAGUGGUCGCCAUGCUUGGUCCACCGCAGGAUCACACACACCGACCCCGCAAACAGCAUCGUGUCGGAAUACACACAGAUGCUGAACAGAUGAUCUGCAGACACCACACCAACACACACAGCAGGCGAGCCAUGCAUGGACUGCAUCCACUCGCUGCAUGUGUGUGUUUUGUUUGUGUGCAUACUCACGGGAGUGUUUGGUCAAUGAUCUGGUGGUGCUUUGGUCGGCAUCAAGCCAGGGCGACUCGUCCAGUAUGUUAAAGAACCGGACGCUGCCGUUGUGGCAGGCCGCCACAAUCGACUGCCGGUCGGCCGAGAGGGCCGACGACCACACCGCACCACCACCAGACGCAACGGCAAUCUGACACACACAGAUGAGAUACGAACAGAAGAGUGUGGCGCAGCUCAGUCAGGUUGGUUAAGAUGUGUAUUGUCAUGCCGUCCAUGUCAUGCCAUGCACACCUUCUUCAUGCCCCUCUGCAAGUCGAACUCGUUAACGAGACCAUCAAUACCUGGCACCACACACACACAUGCACGUGGACAUGGGCGCGUCCAUAGCUACCCGGGCCGGGCACUCCACUCACCGGUCGUGAAUAACCGAUAGUUGGCGAGGGGAUCUUUCUGCUGCUGUCUGUCCUUCUGCUUCUGCCCCUUGGGCAGUGCUCUCAUGACGAAGUGAAUAGUGCGGUUGGAGCGGUCAAAACCUCCAGGCAACCUCUGACAAACCAUAGACAGACAGACAGAUUAUUGCACACACCACACGCAUGCAGAUCAGAUCUCUCUUCCUUUUGAAGUCUGCAGGCCAUUUUUGUUUGACACCUACCAUUCUGAGAUGGUUGGUGGUGGUGUCGUAGAUGGCGAGUUCGCCCCACUCCCCCGCACCGCGCCCAACGGCGAGCCACAGCCCGUCGUCGGAGAAGGCGAGCGACUCGAUGGACAGCGGCUGGUGGUCAUACAUCCUGUGGACACACACAUACACACGGAAAGGCUUGGUGCUCAUGUGGGUGAAUGAAUGCACCUCUGUCUGCGAAUGAUAAACUCACUUGCAUCGAAUCAGGUCCACAGUCGCCAUGGGUUCUUCUUUGUUGAGAUCUGCUGGCAACACCUGUUCGAGAGCUUAUCACGGGGGAGACCAGGCGAAC